AUGCUUGUUGAACAUAUUACCAAAGAACAUGGUGAUGAAGUUAAGAAAGUAUUUGAAGAAACUUAUGGUGAUUUUGAAAAAUUAGCAAAAGAAGGUAGUUUAGAUCCUAAAACAGCAGGUAAAGCUGUAGAUAUUCUUCAAAAACGUGUUAAACAAAUUCAAGAAUUAGCUGGUGAUGCUGGUAGUGAAGCAUUCAAUAAAAUAAUUUCGGAAAAUCCUGAAUUACGUGAUAAAGUUGCUGAUCAAUAUAAAAACUUAAAAGAAGUUAUUGAAAAAGCUAAAGAUAAAAAACCUGAAGCACAAAAACUUCUUAAAGAAACUGGAACUGAAUUAGCAAAAAUAUUCACAGAAAAUGGUGUAUCAAAACAAAGUAUUAAACAAGCACAAGAUUUAUUAAAGAAAAAAGGUGAAGAAGCAAAAAAACUUGUUGACGAUGCUAAAAAGAAAUAA